CAGCUUGUAAUCACUUUCCUACUUCUGCUCGUGCUGGCUUGCACAUGGGGGGAGCAACCGGACACUUUAAAAAAAAAACUCUAAACAACCAACUGUGAAUCAAAAGAAAAGCUGUGAAACCAAAUGCUGCACAUCAACAUAUGUGAUUUCAAAGAAAUUAUUAUCCUCCAUGCACGGAAAUUUGACUGGAAACUGCCGGUGAGCCCCGGGGGAGUCUUUUUGUUAUGUGUUAUGUUGGCGCUGUUUCCUUCACUUCGGUUGGUCCUUCACCCCCCCCCCCCCCCCCCCCCCAAGGACGUUAUAACAUCUCUUAAACGGACUAAAGCUGGGAUGUGGACAGAAUCGGUUCGAAGGGAAGGACCAGACGCAGACGGGGAUAGCUAAACUCGUCUCGCCAUCCGUCGGGUGAUCGUCAAACGCCACAGGAUCGACCUGAACUGAGGCUGCACAUCUCUCUCUCUCUCUCUCUCUCUCUCUCGACUUCUCUGGCAGGCUCCACAUUGCGGUGAGUCAGUAUCAUGGAGGCAGGCACCGGGGCUGCCGCAGCGGUGGGGAGUGCAGCACUUGGUCUGCUGGGAGCCACGUCCAGCCUUGACAUCUUGGACAGGAGCCUUCGCCUUGGACGGCCUCUGGAGGACGACGACAUUGUGCCUGAACUGACUCACAUUCAUCCCAGAGAGAGACCUGACUGGGAAGAGACCAUUAGUGCCAUGGCAAGAAGUGCUGAGAUCCCCGAAUUGCGGAGCGAGACCCUCAUGCGCUCAUGCAGCAGCAGCACAGCAAGCAUGAAGGUCAAGAAUGUUAAGAAGCUUUGUUUUACCAAGGGCCACUUCCCCAAACUGGCAGAAUGUGCUCAUUUCCAUUAUGAAAACGUGGACUUUGGCACAAUCCAGUUGUCUCUCGGCGAUGAACAGAGUGAAGUGACGCGAAACAGCCAUGAGUCCAAAGAGCUCGUCUACUUGGUUCAUAUUUACUGUCAGGGUCGAAGCUGGAUUGUGAAACGGAGCUAUGAGGAUUUCCGUGUCUUGGACAAGCACCUGCACCUUUGCAUAUAUGACCGCCGUUUCUCUCAGCUGCCUGAGCUGCCAAGACUUGACAGUUUGACUGAUCAGCCAGAGUCUGUUUCCCAAAUGUUGUUGGGUUACCUCUCCCGGCUAUCGGCUAUUGCUGACAACAAGAUAAACUGUGGGCCUGCCCUCACGUGGAUGGAGGUUGACAAUAAAGGAAAUCAUCUUUUGGUUCACGAAGAGUCAUCCAUCAACGUGCCCGCAAUUGCAGCUGCCCAUGUCAUCAAACGCUACAUUGCACAGGCUUCAGACGAGCUUUCCUUUGAGGUUGGUGACAUUGUGUCAGUGAUUGACAUGCCUCCGAAAGAAGACACCACAUGGUGGAGGGGGAAGCAUGGCUUUCAGGUUGGCUACUUUCCCAGUGAGUGUGUGGAGCUCAUAAAUGAUAAAGUGCCACAGUCCAUGACCAACUCUGUGCCGAAGCCAGCGUCCCCGUGCUCUGGCCUGCCGCCCGCUUCAUGGAGUCUCUUCCCUCCCUAUUUGGAGAUGGAGAGUGUAAUACAGGACAAUGCAUGGGUGGCCGACCCGCUUAACCACUACAGCCUAAGUUCAGUGUCGAAGAAGCAUGGCAAGCUGAUCACCUUCUUGCGCUCCUUCAUGAAGUCCAGGCCCACCAAGCAGAAGCUGAAGCAGCGGGGCAUCCUCCGGGAGAGGGUCUUUGGCUGCGACCUGGGGGAGCACCUCCUGAACUCUGGACAUGAUGUUCCUCAGGUCCUCAAGAGCUGCACCGAAUUCAUCGAGAAGCACGGUGUGGUGGAUGGCAUCUACCGCCUCUCUGGCAUAGCUUCGAAUAUCCAGAAAUUGCGGCAUGAGUUUGACUCGGAGCAAAUCCCCGACCUGACCAAAGAUGUUUACGUACAGGACAUCCAUUGCGUUGGCUCGCUGUGCAAGCUCUAUUUCAGAGAGCUGCCCAACCCCCUGCUCACCUAUCAGCUCUAUGAAAAAUUCUCUGAGGCUGUAUCAGCCGCAACAGAUGAAGAGCGACUUAUUAAAAUCCAUGACGUCAUCCAGCAACUUCCUCCUCCACAUUACAGAACUCUGGAGUUUCUCAUGAGACACCUUUCCCGCCUGGCAGCAUUCAGCUACAUCACCAACAUGCACAGUAAGAACCUGGCCAUUGUCUGGGCCCCCAACCUGCUGAGAUCAAAACAGAUUGAAUCGGCAUGCUUCAGUGGCACGGCAGCCUUCAUGGAAGUUCGAAUCCAGUCUGUUGUGGUUGAGUUCAUUCUCAACCACGUGGAUGUUCUCUUCAGCGCCAAACUUAGCUCACUAAUUCGCGAGGGAGCAGGUCAUAACACACUGUCGCGGCCCAAAUCCCUGUUGGUUUCCUCAUCCUCUACGAAACUUCUAAGUUUGGAGGAGGCUCAGGCCAGAACUCAGGCUCAGAUCAACUCUCCUGUCACUGAAGAUAGCAAGUACAUUGAGGUUGGCGAAGGUCCUGCUGCCCUGCAGGGCAAGUUCCACACCGUCAUCGAGUUUCCCACAGAGAGGAAGAGGCCUCCUGUUAAAUCGAAAAAGUCUCCUGUGGGUAACUGGCGUUCUUUCUUCAACCUGGGCAAGUCUUCCUCUAUGUCCAAGCGCAAGCUGCAACGGAACCCGAGUGAGCCCAAUGAACUCAAGGCAAUGGCGCUUGCGGGAGGUCGAGGAGAUACGGCAACAUUAAGAUCUGCUAAAAGCGAAGAGUCACUGAGUUCGCUGCAUAAUGUUGAAGGAGAGUCCAAGGUGUAUCGUCCACGGCGGCCGCGAUCGAGCAGCGACGCCCUUUCGGCCUCCUUUAACGGAGAGUUGUUGGACGGUCGACAGCACUGCAAUUCGUACGACAACCUUGGCGCCACAGAGGACAGCGACGGGGAUGACGGGCCCAUCUGUGUACCUGCUCUAAUCUCUCCCCCCCGCUCAGCCGGGGAAGACGUGGACCUCAGCCCGCCAGACAUCGGCAUGGCCUCCUUGGACUUUGACCCGAUGUCUUUCCAGUGCAGUCUCCCUGAUGCGGCCUACGCAUUUCCUCUGGUUGAUUCGCAUGCUGGAGCAGAAGGCUCCACUUUAAAAAAGAGCAGCCUCUGGGGAAAGAGCAAUGGAUCUGACCUCAUAUCUUCCUCCAUCCUUGACAACUUGACCUCAUCCUUGUUGUCCUCUGACUUUAACCGGGCUGCAGGAGAGAAAGUGGAAAGCCAGAAACUCACCACUUCUUAUUCUUACGCUGACAAGCCCACGCAAGCUGUGUCACCUAUUAGAAGUGUCGAGACUGCUCCGUCUACCAUUUCAGCGCAAUUUUCCUUCGAGAUGCCUGACAAGACUACCGGUGAAGAAGCGGGACCUCCGGAAGCUAUAUCUCUUCCCACUGCACCAAAAGACUCUCCUCUUUCUAUGAAAGCUGAGCCGUCUCCAAGUGAAGCUUUGCAAAUGGAGCUCCACUCCAAGUUGGCAACGCUCGACACUGCUGCUUGUGAAGAGCUAAAGCGAGAGGACAGCUUUCAACAAGUGUCACACGGGAGCCCCGAGCAACAAGGUGGAAGCGUUCCAGAUUCAAAAGACUUCGCCGCACAUUCCCUCAGCACUCCACCUACCACUGGCGCUCUUCUUCCCCCUCCUCCUCCUCCGAAAGAUGCCGCUCGCAUGUUGGCCCUGGUUCUUGCUGGGUCAGCACAGCAAGUCUCCAUACAGUCCCAGCCUUGGUCUGGCGAGCCCCUGACACCUGUGCCCCCUCUGCAGCCACACUUUUCUUACGGCAAGGCAUCAUCAGGCCCACAUUUACAGACUUCCUUUGAAGAGGGAGCCGAACGAGGAAGUUCAGUGUCACAAAAGAGCAGCGUGUCUGCCACCUCCAUCCAAUGUAUUCCCUCUUCUUCUAACCUGUCGAAAGAACAGCAGGCGCUUGAGUUAACCAGCAUGACAACCAGGCCGCCGGACAGUGCCCAAGCCACAACUACUCUGUCUGGGAAACCACCUGAAAUAGACUCGAUUCCUUCCGAUAAGCUUCACAAAAAGGUCAUCCCUCUCCCUAAAAGUACAGCCAACCUGAAUUCUCCAGCCACGAGUCCAGAAAGUCAGUCCGUUGUUGUACAUGACUCAGUCUGUACCAGUGUCACCAGUACCAAAGCAGUGCCCACCAGUGCACAGGCUAUUGAGGGCAGUGCACCCCUUCCCAGUGGCAGCAACAAAGACCCCAGGGGCUCCCGACAACGUCUUGCUGAAAUGAAGCCAAAGGAAGACACAAAGCCCAAAAGUGUUCCAACAUCACCCCCAUCAUCAUCAGAGCAGCCGCCUACAGCAGCUCCAAAGGCCAAAAAUCCGGUGUCGUCACCUGCCCAACAUCAAACACAAACUGAGCGGCAGUGCCAAGUUCAGGUGCCUCAUCAGGUACAAACUCAGCCGCUAUCAAAGACCAAUUCAGUAGUGGCACAGAUCUCUUCUGAGCAUGUCGACAGACCAUGGGAGCUCAUAAAUCUAAAGCAGUCCUGCCCAGAGUUUGCUAAAAAUGACCCCGGUGGAUUCACACCCCCAGCCCCUCCAAUUCGCACAGUGGAGAGCAAACUGGCAACCGCCGCACUCAGUCUGAGUGAAGCUUCUUACCAUACCUUGGGCGAGACUUCUGCUGCUAGCCAUCGGGGGGAUGCUCUUCCUCAACAUCCAGUUUCACCUCGCAAAUCUUCCACACAUCUCUACCAUGCUAAAGGUGAAGCAGUUAUCAUUGAGCCUUCGGGAGUUGCAUACUACCACCAGAGGCCCGUUUCAAUGGGUUCCCAGCCCAUGCCGCAUCACUACAGACCUAACAGCGUUCCCUCACACCUCUCGUAUGUGUCCAAAUCCGAACCUCAAAUACCUUACAGUGCCAGAGUCGACGGUAGGUACAGCACUUUAGGCCCAAGGUCCUACCACCAAUCUAUCAAGGCCAGAGGAAACACCCGGAGUGUUUAUGGGACUCCGGGACAUCAGGGUUAUGGCCAUGACAGAAACCACGGCUACCCCACCAUUCGCAGAGUGCACUCGCUCCAUGUUCCCGCCACUAUCCGCACAGUACCCAUCCAAAGGACUGAAGUUCCACCGGAUGACAUGUUCUAUUACCAUCGACCUGUGUAUCAGUGCAAACCCUACCAGCAGCCCCCGCAGCAGUCCUCGCAAGCCGACUAUCACGUCACUCAACUGCAGCCUUAUUUUGAGAAUGGGCGAGUGCAGUACCGCUACAGUCCUUACUCCGAUUCUAUCCCACUGGAGGGCCCUUAUUAUGAUAUUGACCCAUAUGGCACCAUCCGGGUACGCCAUGUCCACUCAGCCUGUCGAGAUUCAGGGGCAGUUGUUUGCAGACCCAGUGGAAAGGUGACGGGGUACCACUACCUCGCUCGCAAUGUCCUCCCGCCUGGUAAGGAGCACAGCUUUGUGAGCAGGGACAUGCCACCAAGUCACAGUGCCAAGGAAGUUCCUUCUUACUUCUCUUGGGAGCCCGAGGAGUCCGAAUGUUUGCGCAUGCAGUCUAUCCGCAGAGAGAGUAGAGCCAGACAAAAGAUUAAAGGUCCUGUGCUCUCACAAUAUGACAAUGUAGGCUCAUUCACGUCAGUUGACAUAGCUGGCUAUGACACCCUGCACUCGCGCAGUAAGUCUGAUCCAGGUAAAGCUUUGCCGAGUACAACUGAGAACAAAGAUAGUCGCCAUCUCCCCAGACAUAUGAUCUCGGACGCCAACGUCCUCAUAUGUUUGGAGAGUGACAAGCACCCCCAAGGUGCUCCAACAGGAGACAAGUCGGACGGGCCGACGAAGCAAAGCGGCUCUAAGAAAUGCCAAUCGUCUCAUUCCGUUUCUGCAACACUGAGCGAUCUCUCCCAUCAGCAGGAGAGCAGCCCGCACGAAUCCAAGCAAGCUAGCUCAGGAGAAAAGCUUGGCGAAAGCAGCAGCAGCCUGUCCACACACCGGCAGCCAGAGCACACAAACAAGAGGAGCUUCCAGACGUGGUAUGAGUGCCACGAUGCUGAUCCCCACCACAGUCAAAGUAAAAUGACAAACACCUGUCACGGUCCAGAAGAUCAGCCAUCCGCUCCCAAUGAAGAGCUCGCCCACCGCAAACCUGAACGAUCGCACAGCAUGCGUGAGCAGCCUCUCUACGGCCACGGCAAAGCCGAACUGGACGGAGACUACCCGUAUCUCAAACACGGCGGCAAACCGGUGCAAUCCCACUACGACAACUUGGACGAUUACCACCCAGUACCUCAGCCACAGGGCCCCAUUCAAAAACGCAGCGGCUGUAACUCCUACCUGGCGCACAACAACAGAGCAUAUUCUACCGCGUUAGGCCAGGGAGCCUUCCUCCAGACCGACUUGGGUAUCCAGAGGCCAGAAACAGAGAUAUGUACGGAAUGAAACCUCUGCUGUUGAGGAAUUGUGAAAUCUUCUUUCGAAGAAAGACUGAGCUAUGGUCGAUCAGCCUCUGCAGGACAGUUGGACUGUUGUACCACCCUUUUUUUUUUUUUUGCUGUUCUGGAUUUUUUAACAAAUUGUGAAGGAAACAGUAAGACUUUUAACAGAAAGUCCUGAAUGUACAGGAGGUUUUGUCCAAGAGUCCAUGUUUGCUGUAUUUGAGUGAAAACAGUCAUAAAUGUAUGAUAUGAAAGAUGCAAGGUACUGAAAACAGGAACCACAAAUGUCUAAUAUUAUACUACAUACAUACUGUGUGUGUAUAUACACACACACACACAUGUAUAAAUAAACCCAUAGUAAAGGGGUAUGACUUAUUUUUUUAGACGUGGCCGCUGGGUUUGAGCAUAAAUGGGAAUAAGGUUUGCAUUUUAGAAAUGCAUGCACUCUCUUACAGAACAGUUCUGUGUACUUCACUGUUCAUUUCAUUCGUUUUAAAUAUGACAGCACAAGGUACGGGGAGGAGGAUGGAUGUUCAGCACCAUCACACCUUCCCUCCACCAGUAUGCACACAGGUAGGCAGUACACUGUGUCCAUGUUUGUCUUUUGACGGCGAUCCGUUGUGGGUUAACGUCAGUUCAAAUAGUGGGUGUCAUUGUCUUUUUAUGUUCUUUGUGACGGUGCCAUUUUAUGUACAUUUACUCAAAACACAUUUUGGUUACUUCUAAUGGAAUGUUUUGGUACUUUUGUUAGAAGGUGGACCAAGCAUUGCGGUGCAGUUCUCGCAGACACCAAAAUAAAAAGGAAAGGAGAUGAUAAAUUUAAGGUUCAGCUCUAAAGAGGUUUUUCGAAUUACAUUUCAUUUCCCCAUUACAUCUAUCUAGCUGUGACACCUGGUCUAUCAUUAAUAAAGCUGAGAAUGUUUUCCUCUAAAAUGACAAACAUGUUGAUCCUACUUUGUUGGAAAAUGACAAUUUUUCUUUGAGUGAAAAAUGUAUUUUACUGCUACCGUAAUGUAAUUUACUGUGCCCAGAUUACGCAAAUGAUUUAUGUACGGUAGUUCUUGAAAUGUAUAUUUCAGCAGAAAUACUGAUGUAUGGUACACUCAUUUGGUACUGCCCAGUGGAGUUUCAAUUACAGUAUAUUAAAAACCAACGGGUUGUAUUCUGUAACUGUUUUACCCAGUAUAUCGCUUGCAAAUGUUGCUCCUCCUGCCUUACAUGAAGCCUCUUUCUUUUCACGUGAGACAAAAGUAAGGCACUGUGUACUUUAAUGUGAAACUAUUGUCUGAAACUAAUGGGACCUUAAAGUUUUAGAUAUAAAACAAAUAAAACUGUUCAGGAAUAGCACUUAAGAA